CGCCCGCGUGCGGCUCGGGCCUCCCAGGCGAAGGGCGCGUGCCCCUACGGUUGCGGGGCCCGCGCCUGCCGAGGGGCCAUGGCCGCGCGAUGCGGCACGCCGAGGAGGGCCUCGAGGAGAUAGCGGUCGGCAGCGCUCCGAGCUCCCAGCCCGCCGGGCAGGACGGCGACUCGGGGCGCCCGCUGCCUCGGCCCGCUGCCAGCGGGCCCGAGAGGGUGCUCCGGCCAGAGCAGGUCCUCCCCGGCGGCGUCAGGUAUGCGGGCGAGUGGCUGGGAGAUCACCUGGACGGGGAGGGCACCCAGACCUUUCCGGACGGCGGCAGGUACGAGGGCCGCUUCUGCAGGAGCCUGGCGGAGGGGCACGGGAGCUAUGUGAGCAGCAAGGGCGAUAUCUAUGAGGGUCAAUGGGUCGCCGGCAUGGCACACGGGAGUGGUAAGUUUGCUGGUCGUGCGGGGCCGACUUAUUUGGGCGAGUGGCUCCACGACAAGCAGCACGGCCAUGGCCACGAGAGCUGGCCCGAUGGCGACUGCUACGAGGGGGAGUUCAAGGAGGGGGAGAAGAGCGGCUCUGGAAGGUUCGUCUGGGACAACGGCUCCAUGUACGAGGGACAGUUCAGUGAGAAUUCGAUGCACGGGGAGGGCGUGUACCUGUGGAGCGACGGGCGCAAGUACAGGGGCCAGUGGAGCAACAGGAGCUGCCACGGCCGCGGCGUGUUCACCUACACCGACGGGUGCAGUUACGCUGGCGAGUACGAGCACGGCCAGAAGAGCGGCGAGGGCACCUUCACGUGGGCCGACGGGCGCGAGUACAGCGGCUGCUGGCGCAAGGGGCAGCUCCACGGCCUUGGCACGUACACCAUGGCGAACGGCGAGAGGAAGCGUGGCGAGUGGCAGGAGGGGCGCUGGGUGCGCUGGCUGCAGGGCGCCGAGGAGAGGCUCCCCGCGAUGCCCGAGCCGCGUGGCCUUCCAGGCGGGCUGCAGGCCCCGGAGGAGCCCGCGCACGCGGCUGCUGCGCGGGAGCUGGGCAGCCUGGGCCGCGGCAUGCUGAGCCCGCAGCGCAGCGCCUGCGACAGCCCGCAGGCCCUCCCCGACGUGAGCCUCUGAAGCCGCGGGGCGCGCUGGCCUGGCAGGCUCCAGGGCUCGCCCGGCCGCGGCCAGGGAUCACCGGGCGGUCCGAA